AGAGAUUCCAUUUAUCCACACACGUGUCGGGGUAAGCAAAACUUCUGACUUGUCUAUGUCAAAUCCAUAUUCUUUAUAUCAUAUCAAUAAAUGUCCUAGCCAAUAAAAACUUUUUGGAAUAAGUGGUCCUCUUUAAACGAUACAACAAUGUUAUAUCGGAAGUAAAUAAUAAUCGAAAACAAAAAAGAUAUAUUUAUAGAACUUAUAGACCGGAAAUAUAUAAUAAUCCGAAUAUCUUAUAUAUACAUAUUUUAUUUAGAUGUGUUUGAUUUGAUUAAAACAAAAUACGAUAAUGAUUUUCUCUGUGGAAAUAUGGGAACAUAUAUUUAUACACAUAGAUCCUGUAUCACUUACACGUUUGAAAAUAAUUUGUAAAUGUUGGAACGAAAUUAUUGAUAAAAUGUUACAAGAAAGCACUUUAUGGUAUAAAUUUUGCAAAAAUAAAAUUCCUGAACAUUAUUGGACUACUUUAUGUGAAACAUUAAAUCCAAACAAAUUUUAUACUAAUUUUCAUGAAAAACGUGAUGCUAAAUUUUGGAUGGCCAUGUAUAAAUUAUGGAUUAAAUGCAAAAAUAUGAUAAAAUGUAAUACACAAAUUACAUGUAUUGAACCAGAUUUAAAAAAUCAUCCUUUAGAAUAUAUUACUUGUAUAGAUACAUCAGAAAGUUUUAUAGCAGUAGGAACAUCUGAAGGAUUUAUUUAUUUUUAUAAUAUUUGCAAUUUAAAUGCAAACGUAAAAUAUAUAAUUGAUCACAUGGAGUACAUAAAAAGUAUACAAUUUUGCAGAGACGAAACAAAUAUCAUUUGUAUAUCUUGUUCUGUAAAUAAUCAUGUAAACUUUUGGGAUAUGAAUACAUUGAAGAUAAUUAGUAAAACACAUGGAAAGUUAAUUUGCACAAGUUACAGUUAUUGCUAUACUGCUAUGCAUAAUAUAAUAAGUAUUGAAGGAUCAAUACCAAAAACAAUAUUUCAAUUUGGUUCAGAUAGUAUAAUUACUAUGGGUGCAGACAAUAAUAAAGUAUUUUUUUAUACGGAAAAAGGAUAUUAUGUAAAUUUAAAACUAGAUGAAAAAAAUCUGGAAAAAAAAAAUUAUACUCUUAAAUAUAUUCAGCCACCAAAUAUUAGAAUUCGUCAAUAUUAUACAUUUAAACCAAAUAUAAUUGCCUGUAUUACAGAAUAUGGAUAUUUGGGUUUUCUAAUAAAAGAAAAAAAAUGGAAACUCCACAAUAUAUUUCCCAUUUUACAUGGUGAACCUACAGCAAUUUUAGUAUAUGGUCAUAUACUUGUUGUAGGAUUAAAUUCAGGAAAUGUACACAUAUAUAACGUAGAAGAUUUUGAAGUAAUUAAUUUUGGUAUUCUUAAUUCAAAAAAAUUAAGUCUUGGUUCCACAGCUGUUAUUUCAUUAAAUAUAAUGGUUUGCAUUGAAGAAUAUUUAAUUAUCGGUUAUAGCAAUAAAAUUUAUAUUGUUAAUUUUGUUUGA